AGUGUUCAAUUUUGAGGUUAGUGAGCUGGAACAACCUAGGGAUGACUUUCGCGGUGAACACAACAUAGAGGCUUUCUGGGAAUCUGUUCAUCUGCACAUGAUCAGCCGAGGAUUUUUUGAGUUCUCUUCACAGAAUCCAUUUGUUGUUAAACCAACAUAUGACAACUGGGCACCUUGGAUCGGAAGGGAGACUCGUAAAGGAAGUACUGUGCUUAACACCGAGUUCGAAAAGGCCCCAGUGCAGAGCUGCUCGGCUAAACCUCAGUUAUGCGAUAUAACAGAGGACCGCCUGGUUGAUGAGCUGCUGAGGCAAAAGGUGUCCACCAUUCGCAACCUGUGCAAAUCCUGCAACAUGGACACAAAGGGGUCACGCAUGGACCUUGUGAACCGGUUACGGGGGGAAAUGAAGAGCAGGCAGACCUAUGACAAGGUGUUUCAGUCGAUUUGGGGGGCCUCUGGUGGAUGGUCUGUCAUUAUGUGCCCUCAUGGAAUUGUUUACAGCCUUAAAUUCAAUUUAAGAGCUGAAAGCCCCAGGGACUUUGCUGAUGUACUUCUGUCGUGGAAGCAUUUGCCAAAUGUCUGUGUGUAUGACUUUGCGCGGGGGUUGGUAGCCCAUACCAAUCUAAGAGUCCCAGACAACCCUCCAUUUCAGCCCUUUGAGGGAAGGCUUGCUGAGCCAACAACUAACAAUGUAGAGGCUGUCACACAUGGACAACUUAAAGUGCAUCUCCCGUGGCUGGUAGAGAGACUCAGUCAACCAGAUUCCAAUGGCCAUCCUGUGACAGGCUCAGGAAAGCACUACGUCCUCUAUGACAAAUUCCACCAGUCAAACACAAAAGAUCCACAGGAUGUGCUGCGCAGAAUCUUCAUUGCUCCUGAACUGCAGGCAACUCUGAACAGUCAGGUGGCUGAGCAACUGUUCGCUUGUUUGAGGAAGAACAAUUACUUUCUAAACAACAUGGGACCAUCUGCUCACAUCUUCCUGAUGCGGAACAUCAUAGAGCACAGGAACAACCAGCAAAACAACACACUGCUGAAACGCCAGCUGAGAAGGGGUCUUCAGGUUCAAGACCUGAACAGUGUCACCCUGUCAGACUUGGGCCAAGUGCUACUAGGUUAA